ACUUCAGUUAUGCCCUUGACGGCCACACGGACAGUCGUGUGCUUUGUAAAAAAAAAUAAUAUUCAUUUAACUAGUAAAAAUGCAAGAAUUUAAGUCCACUGAACACCAACAUGUUCGCUACAACCCGCUGAAAGAUGAAUGGGUGCUGGUGUCUCCUCACCGCUGUCUGCGACCCUGGAGCGGUCAGACGGAAGCUGAACCGGAGGAACAGCCCCCGGAUCCGAUGAAUCCUCUCCUGCCAGGAGCUACCAGGUCUAGUGGACAGCGCAACCCGCAAUAUACGUCAACUUACGUGUUCCCGAAUGACUUCCCAGCGUUGUUAGAGAGAGUGCCUGAACCACCGCCAUCUGAACAUCCGCUGUUCCGAUCCUCAGCUGCUAAGGGGACCUGCAGGGUGAUGUGUUUCCAUCCAGAUUCUACAAUGACAAUACCCCUGAUGACUGUGGAUGAGAUCCUUGCUGUUAUUAAUGAGUGGAUAAACCAAUUAACAGAGCUAGGACGCAAGUACACCUGGGUACAAAUAUUUGAGAACAAGGGAGCCAUUAUGGGAUGCUCUAACCCUCAUCCGCAUUGUCAGAUAUGGGCCUCUAGUUACCUACCUAAUGAGCCCAGAGUUAAGGAGAGAUGCCAAAAGGAAUAUUAUAUUAAGUUCAAGCGACCGAUGCUGUUUGAUUAUGUACAACAAGAAUUAAUAAAUAAGGACCGCAUAGUAAUCCAAAAUACAGAAUGGGUAGCCCUAGUACCGUACUGGGCAGUGUGGCCAUAUGAAACGAUGGUGUUACCAAUUAAUGGGAAACCGCAACGUUUGACAGAUUUGAAUGACAAUCAGAAAAGAGGUCUAGCUGAAAUAAUGAAACUUUUGAACAUUAAGUACGAUAACUUGUUCAAAUGUUCUUUCCCAUAUAGCAUGGGUUUUCAUGGUGCCCCAACAGGGCCUUCAAAGACAGCCGGGGACUCGCCCCAUUGGCUUCUCCACGCUAUAUACUUACCACCUCUCUUACGUUCAGCAACUGUCAAGAAAUUCAUGGUCGGCUACGAAAUGUUAGCCCAAUCACAACGAGAUUUGACUCCCGAACAAGCUGCUCAAAAGUUAAGGGAAUGUGACGAUGUACAUUAUAAAAAUAGGAAAUAGAAUUGAAAAUAAGGAUAGAGACCCAUUUUUAGUUAUAACAUGAACGUUUUCAAAUGUUUUUAUUGAAAAAAAUAUAUAAACCGUUUUUAUAUAUAAAAAAAAAAUGUUUACUGUCAUUUGACGUGAAAAUUAUGGCGGGAAAUGUUGACAAACUAUUUGUUUGGUUUUGUUUUGUUUAUUUGCUUAGCCAAAUUCGAUAGAGUCAAUUUAAAGAGGGUGCUAUUUUGUAUAAAAUAAUAUAUUUACUAUUUUUUCA